AUGAGUUUCUACACUGUUGUUGCAACAUUUCUCUCAGUUUCGCUAGCUUCCGUUGUAUUUUGGGUUUUUGCACCGAAAGAGAAUCAAUCAGUAUGGAGGAGCACAGUGAUUUUAUCAAUUGCAAUGAUGUUUCUAAUGUGGGCAAUAACCUAUAUGUCUCAACUGCACCCUUUAGUUGCUCCUCGUCGAUCUGAUUUGAGGCCGGAGUUUGCCGAGUAA